AUUUGGAGGAGGCGCUGCAGCCAUUUCAUCACUUUAAAGAGAGAAACCGGAGAUCAGGGUCCCAGAGUAACUGUAACCAGAGAUCUGCAAACAUUUACAUACUCUACUGUGACACCGAACUAUAAAAGAGAAGGGACAUACGAGGAGGGAAGGAGCAGGAAGCCAAGACACCUUAAAUGCGAAAGGAGAUAAAAAAAAACGAAGCACUUUUGAAAUCGGAUUUGCGGCUUGUAGCAAUCAUGUGUGAAUGUGGUCUAUGAGACUUGCUCUGCGGUGCACGGACGCGUGGCUGUUUCUUUAUACUGGAGCUCAGGAGGUUUCCUUUAAUACUUUGAAGACACUUGAAUUGUACAAAGUAAAAAAAUGGGUUGGAAGAGCCAUUCCGGUGGAUGGUUAGUGAUUGUUUUGGCACUUUUGCUUGGAUUUGGAAUAACGCGUUGCAGGACUCGGACAUACACGAACCACUGGGCUGUGAGGAUAACAGGGGGUCCCGAAGUUGCAGACAGGAUAGCCGGCAAAUACGGCUACAGAAACAUGGGUCAGAUUGGAGUCUUAAAGGAUUACUAUCACUUUUUCCAUAGCCGAACAAUAAAAAGAUCCACACUCUCUAGCAGAGGAAUGCAUAAUUUUAUUUCCAUGGAACCAAAGGUGGAAUGGAUACAGCAACAAGUAGUGAAAAGACGAACGAAGAGAGAUUACAAAGCUUCCCAGCAACUACCCAUUUCUUUCAAUGAUCCCAAGUGGCAGAACAUGUGGUAUAUACACUGCAAUGAUGACACUCGUAAUUGUCAAUCUGGAAUGAAUAUUGAAGGCGCUUGGAAGCGUGGUUAUACUGGGAAAAAUGUUGUAGUCACGAUUUUGGAUGAUGGGAUUGAAAGAAACCAUCCUGAUCUGGUUCAAAAUUUUGAUUCACAGGCGAGUUUUGAUGUUAAUAGCAACGACAAUGAUCCAAUGCCUCGAUAUGAUGCAAGCAAUGAAAACAAACAUGGAACCCGUUGUGCCGGAGAAGUGGCUGCAACUGCAAACAAUUCACACUGCAUAGUAGGAAUUGCCUACAAUGCCAGGAUCGGAGGUGUGCGAAUGCUGGAUGGUGAUGUUACAGACAUGGUGGAAGCAAAAUCACUCAGCCUACAACAGCAGUACAUCGAUAUCUACAGUGCCAGCUGGGGCCCAGAUGACGAUGGAAAGACAGUAGAUGGACCAGCAACGCUUGCCAGACAGGCUUUUGAAACUGGAAUUCGAGCAGGAAGAAAGGGCUUGGGUUCAGUCUUUGUCUGGGCCUCAGGUAAUGGAGGGAGAAGUCGAGAUCAUUGUUCCUGUGAUGGAUACACCAACAGUAUCUAUACUAUAUCUAUAAGCAGUACUGCAGAAAGUGGAAAGAAGCCUUGGUAUCUGGAGGAAUGUGCUUCCACACUGACUACCACCUUCAGCAGUGGGGAAAACUAUGAUCGAAAAAUAGUUACAACAGACCUUAGGCAUCGCUGUACUGAUAGUCACACAGGAACAUCUGCCUCGGCACCUAUGGCUGCAGCAAUCGUUGCUCUCGCUUUAGAAGCAAAUCAGUUUCUAACAUGGAGGGACGUUCAACAUAUUAUUGUUAAAACUUCACGUCCUGUGCAUUUAAUUGCUCCUGACUGGAAAACAAAUGCUGCUGGCUACAAAGUGAGCCAUCUUUAUGGAUUUGGAUUAAUGGAUGCAGAAGCUAUGGUUAAAGAAGCAGAGCGAUGGAGGACAGUUCCACCCCAGCACAUAUGUGUGGAGCCCGCUGACAAGCAAAUAAGGACAAUUCGCUCAGAUGCUGUUGUGAGAAUAGUGUUCAAAGCUACUGGUUGUGCUGACAACAGUAACCAUCGAGUCAUUUACCUGGAACAUGUCGUCGUGCGCAUCACCAUUCAUCACUUCCGAAGAGGAGAUCUCUCUAUUUAUCUUACCUCACCUUCUGGAACAAAAUCACAGUUGCUGGCUAACCGGUUAUUUGAUCAUUCAAUGGAAGGAUUUAAAAACUGGGAUUUCAUGACAACUCACUGUUGGGGAGAGAAAGCUGCGGGUGAUUGGAUACUUGAAAUUUACGACAGCCCUUCACAAAUACGAAAUCAUAAAACACCGGGAAAGCUUAAGGAGUGGACCUUAAUUCUCUAUGGGACAUCUGUUCAUCCUUAUUCCUACCAGGGAUCAUUUGACAAUCUAAAGCAAGAGAAACCACGUUCCCCAGAGGAAGUUCAAGACGACUACUAUAUGGAUGAGUAUAUUGGGCACUGCCACCCAGAAUGUAGUGAUGCCGGCUGCGAUGGACCUGGGCCACAUCAGUGCAUUGACUGUUUGCAUUACUUCCUGAAAUUUAAAAACCAUACACGAACCUGCGUUUCAGAAUGUCCUUCUGGCUUCUUUCGAGAUGAUAAGAAACGCUGCAAGAAGUGCUUCUCACUGUGUGAGACUUGCAUUGGCGGACGCUCUGAUCAGUGUACUUCAUGCAAGACUGGUUAUUUUUUAAAUGAAGAAACAAACAGUUGUGUAUCUACUUGUCCAGAGAGCUUCUACCUUGAUAAAGAAGACAAUAUAUGCAGGAAAUGUAGUGAAAACUGUAAAAAAUGUACAACACUACAGACUUGUACAGAAUGCAGACCUGGACUGAGUUUACAGGGCUCAAAAUGUAUAGUGAGUUGCAAUCCUGGUUCAUACUAUAAUGGUCAUCGAAAAGAAUGUGAAGUUUGCCAUCAGGCUUGUGCUACCUGUGCAGGUUCAGGUGCAGAGGCUUGCAUAACAUGUGCUGAAAAUUAUUAUAUGGAAGAAUGGAGAUGUGUACCAUCAUGUAGCCCUGGGUAUUAUCUGGAGCAAAGCUCUGAAAAUGAAGAAAAACCAAGUAGCUGCAAGAAAUGUGAUGCUAGCUGUGUGACCUGUUCUGGGUUUGGAGAAAGAAACUGCACCAGCUGUGUUAGUGGCUACAACCUGGAGUCCGGUGUUUGUGUGGUUGGCACUAUCUGUAAAGAUGGUGAAUAUAUCGAUGACACCAAGAAGUGUCAGUUAUGUGAUGCCACCUGCUACAAGUGCAAUGGACCAGAUGAAAAUCAGUGCAUUAGUUGUGUCUCAACAAGGUAUUUUGAUUCAGGCUCUUGUGGGAUCUCUUGUUCCAAAGGGAAGUUCCCUUUGAAUGGACAGUGUCACCUGUGCCACCAUACCUGCAAAGAGUGCAGCGGCGGAGAACCUCAAAACUGUACAGCAUGUGGGGAAGAUAAAUUCAAAAACAUUCGCUAUCUGUUUCAAGGAGAAUGCAGAGAAGCUUGUCCUGUUGGUUAUUAUCCCUUUGGGAACAGCUGCCAUCACUGUUCUGAGAACUGCGAGGUGUGCACAGGAGCAAAUAAAUGCAUUAAAUGCUCCUUAAACUAUUUUCCGUCAAAUGGAAAUUGUGUGAAGUUAGAAUGUGGAGAAGGUGAAGUUGAAGAUCCAGAAUAUGAAGACUGUGUCCCUUGUGAAGAGGGCUGUCAGAAAUGCACCUUGCAAGAUCCAAGGAAUUGCUCAUCCUGUAUGCAAGAUUUCUACAUGUUUAAAUCAAGAUGUUAUAAAAACUGCCCUGCAAAAACCUACACAGUGGAAGAAUCAAUGGAGUGCAAAGAAUGCCAUGAAACCUGCCUCAGCUGUGAUGAAAACCAGUGUUAUUGGUGUGAAGAUGGCUUGUUUCUUUCUGACAACACUUGUGUUAGUGAAUGUGAAGAAGGAUUCUAUGGUAAUGAAGACAACCAGGAAUGUGAGCCUUGUCAUCACAGCUGUAAAACCUGUGGGGGUCCUCUUCCAGAAGACUGUAAAUCUUGUGAGAUAACAAAGAAGCUGCUAAACGGAAAAUGUCAGAUGGGUAAAGUGUGCAAAGAUGGAGAAUUUUCUUCUGAUGAUGGUAGCGGAUGCAAGAAAUGUGAUCAAUCAUGCCUGACAUGUACCAUAUCAUCAAGUAACUGCACUUCUUGUCGACAAGGAUUCUUUCUGACAAAUGAACUCAUCUGUGUCCCAGUUUGUGCAAAGAAAACAUUUGCUAAUGCAAGAAGUGGAAAAUGUGAGGACUGCUCAGAGGGUUGUGAGCAAUGUUCAGAUAAGAACAGCUGUCAGAAAUGUCUACGAGGGAAAAUGCAGCUCUAUUUGCACAACGGAAAGUGUGUGCGUCAGUGUCCAAGAGGUUAUGUUGAGGAUGAGAGCAACUGCAUUUCUUGCAGCUCGAACUGCAAAACUUGUGAAAACAGUCGCACAAACUGUCUGGCAUGUAAUGAGCCUUAUGUACUCUAUCAGAACACAUGUAGCAUCACAUGUCCUGAGGGCCACUUUGAGGAAGGAGGGAUCUGUCAUCGUUGUCCUUUAGGCUGUCUAAAGUGCAAUAAAGAUGGCAUCUGCACAGAGUGUGAAGAGUAUUUUUAUAUGCAUCAAGAUAAAUGUGUCGAAGAAUGUCCCACACCCUUUUUUGUGGAUUCAAAGUCUGCUUCAUGCCAGCCAUGUCAUCCAGACUGUUCAAUAUGCAGUGGUCCUAAUCCAAAUGACUGUGAGAAAUGUGCCGACCCUGAAUCUGUCUUAUUUAAAGGAGAGUGUUUUUCACAUUGUCCAGCUGGUUCCUUCUAUAAUAUGGAAACUGAAGAUUGCCAGGACUGUGAUAAAACAUGUCAAACAUGCAAUGGACCCUAUUCUACAAAUUGCAUAAAAUGUCAAGAUGGAAUGGUGAAAAAUGAACACAGUCACUGUGUCAGCCACUGGGAUUGUCCUCUGAGCUCGUACCAAGACCAGAAUGGAAACUGCAGGAAAUGCCACCGAUCCUGCCAUCUGUGCACAGGACCGACACAACACGAGUGCCUGAGCUGCAUUGAAGACUACUUUUUACUUAACAAAAGCUGCAUCACUCAGUGCCCACGUGGAUUUCACAGCGAUCCAGACAGACGUCACUGUGUUCCUUGUCACGGCAGCUGUGAGACCUGUAAGGGAAAAUACAGUUCUCAGUGCCUCACCUGUAAAGAGGAGCUCUUUAAACAAGGCGGAGAGUGUGUAAAAGAGUGCAAACCUGGGUUCUAUGCAAAUAUUUCUUCUGGAUCCUGUGCGGUGUGUGACCCAAGCUGUAAAGAUUGCACAGGAAGUGAGCAUGUGGAUUGUAUCACCUGCCAGAACAACUUCUACUUACUGGAAUACCAGAAGAGGUGCUACCACACCUGCCCAGAAGGUUAUUAUAAAAACAAUGUGGAUAUGACAUGUGUGAGAUGUCACCCAACGUGUCAGACCUGUAAUGCUAAAGGCGCACUUGCUUGUUCUGCUUGCUAUGAUGGUUUUACAUUUGUGCAAGGAAUCUGUGAGUCCAAAUGCCUAGCUGGAGAAUAUGCAGCUGUUGAGGAGCCUGAAUUGCUAUGUGUCCAAUGUCAUGAAAGCUGCAUUGAAUGCAAAGGAGAUGGACCAAACAACUGCACCGUAUGCCCUCCAAGCACCUUGAUUUCUCUUGAGGAACACCGCUGUCUGCAUUGCUGCGCUUCAGAUGUGCAGGAGCUUGAGGACUGCUGUAACUGCAGUGAGACACAAGAGGAGUGUCUUGUGAGACCUCGCAUUAUUCUACAACAUGCUGAAUAUGCCGGUAAACCAGCUCUCUUUAUUACAUCUGCAAUCUUUUUGAUUCUGGGAACCGGAGCUGCCAUAUUUUUGUUUUUGACGUCAAGAUCUAAAAAGCAGCAGAAAGUGAAAUCAGGCUAUGAGAAACUGACCAAUAGUGAAAAAUCGUACGAGUCCACCAAACCAAGCAGUGCAUACCGUGGGGAUCACGUGAUUGAGUAUCAUGACCCUGAGAAGGAGGAAGAAGAUGAUGAUGAUGAUGAAGAUGACAUCGUAUACAUGGGGCAGGAUGGCACUGUUUACCGUAAAUUUAAAUAUGGACUUUUGGAUGAAGAUGAUGAUGAUGAAUUAGAAUAUGAUGAUGAAAGCUAUUCAUUUAGAUAGAGAUGGAUGGUAAAUUUAGGUUUCUUUUGCUUAGUCUAAAUAGGAACUAAUUGGUUUGUGUAAUUAUUAAGUCUUGAUGGCAGUACUAUAAUAGCAAAAUGUGAAAGGAAUGUCUAAAGUUGAUCAUCCUCAUACCAGUAGCACAAUACUUUGACCCACAAGUUACUGACGUAUAUAAUGAAUUGAACUACAGUAUACAAUCUCAGUUGGGAGGAGGCAUACUUUUUUUCUAAUUAGCUGUAAACAUUUUUUUAAUUUAUUUAAAAUUGUGUGGAGAAAAAAACAUAGAUUUUAAAAAUUGUUUAAAAGUAAGAAUCCCUUAAAAUAAAAACAUUUUACCUGCAAAUUACCAUUAACAUUUUGACAGUAAUAACUACAAUUUUCUGACUGUUCAUUUCAAAUAUUAAACUUCCAUUUCCAGAACCAUACACUGUAUUUUUAUGUGUAUUAGAAAAUAUGACCAGCUCAUCAGUUAUAACACGGCCAUUUCUUGUGCCAACAGUUGCCAUCAAGUGCUUAGUCAGACACUGAUGAUGUGUAUCCUGAGGUCUUUAGGCACACUCUAUAAAUGCACCUCGUAGCCCUCUAAAAAUAAUGAAAUAAGAAGCCAUAUCAGAAAUCAGAAAACAUAAACCAGCAAAAAUAUAAUAGUAGAUUUGGUAUAAUAAAUGAACAUUCUUCAUUCCUCUAGUGGAGUUCAGGUGCUGCUCCUCAUAUUUCCAGGUCUGUGCUAAUGCAAUUUAAUUAAAAACAUCCUUAUUGAGCAUAUUCCCAUUGAAGAGUUCAGCUUUAUAUGCAAUAAUUACAAACAAAGUAUGAAAAAACAAAAUUCAAUAUAAAUACAAAACUUUGUGUUGAAUCAUUAACAAAGAAACAACAUGUAAUAUAUGUAAAAACACAAAAAAUAUACUUUAAGGUGGCUUUAAGUUCUAGAGUCCAAGUGUUCUAGGUUGGUCACAUUCUAAAAUGGAAUAAAACUGAAAAAAUAUAUAUGUAUAAAUAUAAUAUAUGAUAGACAAAAUAUUUUAAAUAAAAUGUGUUCAAUAAAUGCAAGCAAAAAAUAAAAACAAAAUAUAGGGAAAGUAACAAUGAAAGUACACUGCACUGACGUAAUCAAACGUGUGGAUACUUUGAUGGAAUGCAUCUAAUUCCACCUAUUUAUCCAUUUUUUAAAAUUGGUAUAAUGCCAUGGAAUGCUGAAGUCUACCUGAGCAGCAUCAGUGGAUAUCAUUAACCACAUCUAGACGUGGCUUCAUAAAGCUAAGCGCACUCAUUCAAGGUUCAUCUAAGACACAAAUGCUUGAAAUGUAGUAAGAAACCAAGGACACUGGGAAAAUGUGCAACUUCCACACAGUGACCAGGCUCUUUAGAGCUGACAAGUGUCUUAUUAGCUGCUGUGCCACUUGUGCUACCCAAAGAUUUAAAAAAAAUAUUUAAGUGGCCCUUGAGUUGCUGUGAACUGAAAAAUGAGACUCAGGAGCCUAAAGAAGUUAUGCUUAACUGUAUAUAUAUUGUCACAAACAUCAAAUAUAUAGAGAAGGGAAAGUGGUAAAGAUGAAAAAUUUAAUUUUUGCAGAAGAAAACAAAAAUCUUUCAUAAAGAUAGACCUGUUACUAUUAACAAACUAUUAAUAGUAAACUAUCAUACAAUUAAUAGAAGAGUAUGUAUCCAAAAACAUAGAUAACAAACAAAUGGCAUACAGCCUCAGGAUACACAACAUUUAAAGUAAAGUCUCCUUAGUCGUUACCUUGCAUCCCUUUGUAUUUUUUAUUCAUCCUUUAAUUUUCCAAGUCCAAAACCUACUUAAGCAGCCUUGGUUUCCUUUUUGUAGACUUCAACAACCCUCAGCUUUAAUCCACUGGUGGAGUUAAAGGGGUGGCCGUGGAGGGCCUGCCCCCCAUGGAUGCACGGUUAUUAAAAUAAAUCUCCAAUAAAUGGUACUUUUCUCCCUCAAACAUUUUUCUAAACGUAAAUAUGUUAAUAUUGAAUGAAAAAAUCACUAAAUCCAUCCUGCUCUAAACAAGUGUCUCUUGUACAUCAUUUAUCCUUCAAACCAGGGCUAGUCACACAUGGUCCUGGUGGGCCAAACUGGCAGCAGGUUUUCAUUCGAACCAGUUUCCUGAUUAGAAGCCAGACCUAGCUGAUAGAUAAUGAGACUUGGUAUUUAACUCGAUUGCUUGUUUCUGCUUUCUUUCACCCAAGACAAAUGUAAACUUAUGGUCCUUGUAGGUAUUCACCUCAGCCAUUUUCUUCAUUAGAGCACAUUUAUUUGCUGCUGAUGUUUAUUAGGCUUAAUUUUAGUUAACUUUAUUAUUAUGUACUAACAUUCUUAUGGAUGGAUGGAUGGAUAGUCUUAAGCAGCUACAUUUAUGUUGCAAUUGUUUUGUGUUUCCUUAACCAGUCUCAGCUAAUAACAAAAUUCAGAUAACAGGGAAAUCACCAGCUCUCCAGUUAAUUUCCAUUUACAACAGCGAAUGUGCAUCAUGAAGAUUCUGUGUUAAUAAAAUGUUCAUAAAUGAAUGACAGAAGAAAGGGGAGGACUGUGAAGUGUAAAUCUGCUCCAGCCCACAAAACAUAAGGAUGAUGUUCUCAGAAAAGGAAAUUCUACAGUGUAAUUAACAUUUGUCUCAGAAUAAUGAAAGCACUAACAAGCCAUACAGUAAAAUACCAAGUCUCAUUAUCAGCAAAGAGUGUCGGAAUGAAAACAUGCAGCCAUGGCGGCCCUCCAGGACUGUGAGUGAUGAUCCCUGCCUUAAACAGACUUUACUGUUUCAUAUUUAGCUAGAGAGAGGUCACUUUGGCUUCUAAAUUUGUUUAUUUUCUUCUUUUAUAUUGUCAGACAGCCGCUCCUGUAGUCCGUCUGUGCUACUGAAAUGGCUGCAGAGGUGUUUGCGGUGCUUGUGAAUGUGCCACCCAUACAAACAGUAGGGCGGCAGUCUGAGCAAACCUCUGUCACAUGUUACACACACCCCUGUUACGGAAUAUUUAGUUAACAAAAAUGAGUUUGUUCUCGGACUCUAUGGUGAAGUAAAAAAACUGCAACUAUUAAACAGUUAACAGAAUGUUAUGCUAUGGGCACAUUUUCUAACUUGUUUAAAAAAUAAAGUAUUUUGCCUAAAUAAUAUUGAGUAGACAAAAAAAACUUUUACUGCCAUUUAAAUAUUAAGGGUACUUGAGUAGUUUUUCAUAGCUUGAACGUUUUAAAUGUAGUAAUAUGGUUGUGAAAUGUAAUUAUUUUUAUUGUUCUCCCCACCCCCAGUAAAACUCCAAUUAUGUGUUCAUUCUGGCUCCAUUCUGAUGCAUGAAUAUGGAUACCUGCUGUAUGAAUUUUUAAACACAAUUCCUAAGGACUCAGAGCAGAAAUUCUGCAGCUCUGACACACAUCGUCAUUUUGUUUUUUGAGGUGAAGUCAACCCACCCUGUCGAUAAUCAAUAAAUGAAAUAAUACUGCCACUGAUGCAAAAUAGGGGUCUGUUUCACGCUUUUAAUGUUGUCAAACACAGAUAUAUGUUACUUAUAAGAACAAAUCAAUACAAUUAUCUUAACAUAAAUCUGUUUUUAAGUUGCUACUAUAAAGUCUCACUUGCCUCUUAAGGGAGUUGGCACAUACUUGAUGGAGCUGGAGGAGUGAAAUAAUGAGAGACUGUGAGAGCACUGAAAACCCUGAUUGUCUACUUUCUGAUGUGAAAAUGUGUGUUUUGUGCAGUCUGUGAAUAAACAAUUACUUUGUA